CCACCGAGUGAGUGCGAGAUCUUUGUUUUGCCCAACACUUGUUCGCCAGAUCCCGGAAAAUAAUUGCGUGAAAAACCUCGAAAAACCCUCAAAAAGUGACUAAAAUUUAUUACAAAACAUUCUUAAAAUGAUUCUAUUCAUAAUUUAAACAAAUUCGUGGUGUUUUAACCUCGUGAAAGUUGUGAAAAACCCCAACGAAAAAUUUUUGUUUCGAAGUCGAUUCGAUUCGUUAGACGAAACGAAACCAGAGAACAUAAUCUCAUCUCGCCUGCUCGCCAUGUUCCAUCAAACCCAAGCUGCACAAGGGCGGCGGUGUUUAUUAUUUUUCUCAAUUUUUCAACUAAUAACAAUUUUUUGUAUUUUACAACAAAUACAAUUCAUAAAUGGACAGGGAGAGAUUGAAGUGGAACAAGAGAAUAAUGUUACUGUCCAAUGCAAGUCAUCUAGCAACCAAGUACGAUGGGAAUUCAAAGGAAAUAAUAUCACAAAUGAAGACAAAAGAUACCACUUAUCAACUGAGUCCGUCAACGAUAUUGCCGAAAAUGCUCUGCUUGUCGAUACAACAAAUGCUGCGGUCACACCCGCCUAUGCACACAAUUUAAGUAUAUAUCGUGUUAAAAUUUCCGACGAAGGUAACUACACAUGUCACACCACCGACAGCAGCACUGAUCCAGCAUCACCCGAUCAACCCAACGAAAAUGUAUUUUUUAUACAACCAAUAAUACGUCCCAAAGUCACAGCCAGUAGUCCGAAGAAAAUCAAACGAAAAAUAGGUCAAGCUGUAUCGUUAUUUUGCUUGAUUACAGCCUACCCCCUGGGACCGAUACGAAAUCACAUAAAAUGGCUGAAAGAUGAAAUCUCGUUUAGUUUUCUCGAUAGCAGUACAAAUGUCACUGUAAAAGAUGAUACUCAUGUUAAUGUGACGCUUGAGCUGACGGAGGUUUAUAAGAAGGAGAAUGGAACCUAUGGAUGUGUGGUUCUUUCGCCAUCGGGUGAUGAGUUGGUGCGGAAGGAGAUUGCUUUGUUGGUGAUGGAUGUGCCGAUUGUGAGCAUUGAUUAUGUGAAGGCCGUCGGGGCAAAUAAGAUCUUCCUCAAUUGGACGCUGAAUGACGGGAACGAUCCGAUACAAAAGUAUUUUGUGCAAUUUAGAAAGGAGGGUGCACCGACUUUUGAGUAUUACAAUCACGUUAUUGGAGGAAAGAAUACAUCCUAUGUGUUGGAUAACUUCUUGCCCAAUACCAGUUACUUGCUUAGGAUAUCGGCAAAGAACAGCAUUGGUGAUGGAAUCCAUCAUCAAUACCCACAGCCGAUACGCACCUUGGACAAGGACCCGGUGUUUGUACCGAAAGUAGAGGCAACUGGCAACACUGAAGCUACAAUAACCAUCGGCUGGGCACCACCACCGCCGGAGCUGCUGGACUACAUUCAUUAUUACGAGUUGAUUGUCUCCGAGCCGGGGGAGAAUCCGCGUAUUGUGGAGGCAGCAAUCUACCACCAGAACAGUCGAAAUCUUCCUUACAUGUUUGACAAUCUAAAGACGGCCACCAAUUACGAAUUUAAGGUUCGAGCUUGCAGCGAGUUGACCAAGCAAUGCGGGCCAUGGUCAGAGGUGGUCAAUGGAACGACCAUGGAUGGACUGGCUAGUCAGCCAACAGAUUUGCAUGUUGUGUGUAAUAUUUCACGACACAGCUCAGUCAGUUUGGAAUGGAAUGUGCCGAAGAUUCCGAAUGGGAAAGUGAUAGCUUAUUCCAUAAAAUUGACGGGAACUGCCACUUACAGGGUAGAUGGUCGCUAUCUGAAUGCCACUUGGGGUCCAAAAGAAAGCCGUAUCUAUGAGCCAAAUCAUAAGACAAUUUACGAAGGUGUGAAUCCAAAUACCAAUUAUUCGGUGAGUAUUUCAGCUUUGACACGUCGUAAGAAAAACGGUGAACCAGCCGUGGCACAUUGUACGAUGCCUGUGGCCUUGCCCGAUACGAUUGGAAGGAUUAUUUGGACGAAAAUAAGGACUUCCGACGAUAAAUGUGUGCUUAAGUUGUUUAUGCCGAGAGUUAGUGAACGGAAUGGGCCAAUUUGCUGCUAUAGAAUUUACCUAGUUCGCAUACAGGACAAUCGUGAUCUUCCUGGGCCUGAGAGUCUGAAUGUCUCCACUUAUCAUGAAAUUCACAAUCCCAAUAAUACUCGUGGUGGAGCCUAUAUUGCCGAGAUGUUCCCCGGUGAAGCAUUCCGCUCGGAGAUAUUCCUUGGCGAUGGAAGGCGAAUGUAUCAAGAUAUAGCAAGUCAGAAGAUUGCCGAUGAUCAUUGUCGGAAGUGUCUAGAGGGAGUGCCCUUCCGAAGAGUUUUCCAUGCUCCUGUGGUGAAGAGUACCACAACAACCACUCCACGCCCUGAAGUUAUUGUAGAACAUCAAAUUCCAAUCAUACCUGAACUCACCCAACGAGAGCAAUUGAAUCGAGCCGGGAAUCUUACCCAAGCUGCUUCCAAAAUUCUCGACAACAAACGUCGUCGUCGCCGAAAUCCUAAACACGCUGUUGGUCAGAAUAUUCAAAAUCUGGAAGAACCAAUUGAGACAACGACAAUAGCAGUGCCAACGGUGAGUCUUCAACAAAUCAUCGAUGAAGUCUUUGAUGGGGAAAUUGACAUGAACAGCAAUUAUACUGGAUUUUUGGAAGUUAUUGUGAGAGAACAAGAUGGACAUAUUCAAGGAGGUGAACCUUUACUAGCGAAUAGUAACUAUUUUGAAACUAUCAAUCCGAAAACAAUGAUUGAAUCUUCUGAUAAUGGAGAUGAUCUAUUGCUUGUUCUAACUAUUGUCGUCCAAAUAUUUAUUGUCUUGAUUGGAUUAGUAAUUUUGCUGUUGAUUGCAUUGUGCGUGAUGCACCGUUACUACACAAAGAACACCGGGCAAGGAGAUGAAGUAAUUAGUUUGCGAGAUUCAUUGAGUCGAGCUUUGUGUGGAGGUCGAACGAGUAAUCACCGUCACUUGAUCGGCUCGGCUCUAGCCAAACCCGCCGACAUUGGACCCAUCUCAAAAAUGGAUCUACCUCAAGCAUACCGCAAUCGUCACAAAGACACAGAUUAUGGCUUCCUACGUGAAUUUGAAAUGCUUCCGAAUCGAUUCAACGAUCGCACAACCAAGAACUCGGAUCUCAAAGAAAAUGCCCAUAAGAAUCGUUAUCCUGACAUAAAGGCCUACGAUCAGACACGUGUUAAACUCUCCCAAUUAAAUGGAAUGCAAGGAUCGGACUACAUCAAUUCGAACUUUGUAAUUGGCUACAAAGAACGUAAGAAGUUCAUUUGUGCCCAAGGUCCAAUGGAAAGCACCAUCAGUGAUUUCUGGCGCAUGAUUUGGGAACAACAUUUGGAAAUAAUCGUCAUGCUUACCAAUUUGGAGGAAUACAAUAAGGCUAAAUGUGCCAAAUAUUGGCCAGAGAAAGUCUCUGAUUCGAAGCAGUUUGGGGAUAUUACCGUGACUUUUGCCUCUGAGCAGAGAUUCUCGGAUUUCCUAGUGCGUAAUUUGGACGUUUUCAAACGAAGCUCGAGCAAUGAAGAUGAGGAAGAACGUCGUCAAAUCACUCAGUAUCACUAUUUGGUGUGGAAGGACUUUAUGGCUCCCGAACACCCACACGGAAUCAUUAAAUUUAUUCGUCAAAUUAAUUCGGUGUAUUCGGUUCAGCGUGGUCCGAUCUUGGUACAUUGCAGUGCCGGGGUGGGUCGAACUGGAACGUUAGUUGCUUUGGAUUCUCUUAUUCAGCAGCUCGAGGAGGAGGAUCAGGUAUCGAUUUUCAAUACCGUGUGCGAUUUGCGUCAUCAGCGUAACUUCUUGGUGCAGUCUUUGAAACAAUACAUAUUUUUGUAUCGAGCACUGCUGGACAUUGCUCAGUAUGGCAAUACAGAAAUAUUAGCUAGAGGCUUGAGUUUAACGAUUGAAAACUUAAAAAUUAAACCAAAUGAUAGCAAAGAAAAAUGUAAACUUGAAUAUGAAUUUGAAAAAAUCAAAGCAAUUGCUGAUGAAACAAAUAAAAGCUGUUCCGUUGGCAGUGGAGAUGAGAACAUGAAUAAGAAUCGUAGUGAAGCAGUAAUUCCAUACGAUCGUAAUCGAGUCAUAUUGACUCCGAUUCCAACACGAGAACAUUCGACUUAUAUAAAUGCGUCCUUUAUAGAAGGUUAUGAUAAUUCCGAAUCUUUCAUCAUAACACAAGAUCCUAUGGAAAAUACCAUAGGUGAUUUCUGGAGAAUGAUUUCAGAACAAAGUAUAACAACACUUGUUAUGAUAUCAGAGAUUGGUGAUGGUCCAACAAAAUGCCCACGAUAUUGGGCAGAUGAUGAAAUACAAUAUGAUCAUACAUUGGUCAAAUAUAUGCACAGCGAAAGUUGUCCAUAUUAUACACGACGAGAGUUCAAUGUUACUAAUUGUAAAAUUGAUGAUACAAUUAAAGUAACACAAUUCCAAUAUAAUGGCUGGCCAACAGUGGAAGGUGAGGUGCCAGAAGUGUGUAGAGGUAUUAUUGAAUUAGUAGAUCAGGCACAAAAACAUCAUACUGCCGAAAAUAAUUUUUCAACAUCGACGCCAAUUGCAGUACAUUGCAGCUUGGGAACAGAUAGAAGUUCAAUAUUUGUAGCUAUGUGUAUAUUAGUACAACAACUAAGAACUGAGAAAAAGAUUGAUAUCUGUACAACUGCGAGGAAAUUAAGAUCGCAGCGAGCUAUGCUAUUGGAUACAUAUGCGCAGUACGAGUUCCUACAUCGUGCGAUUGCAAACUACGCCGAUUUGCAUAAGCUAUCAACAGAAUCACCAUCUGAAUGUUAAUAUAUUUUGUUUUUAUUUUAUUAUAUAACAAAUCAGUGCUUCAUUUAGCUUUUACAUAUAUAUUUAAAUGUGUAUUUUAUACUGUGUAUGUUUUAUUAUAAUUUAAAUUUUGUUGCACAAAUUCUAUUAUUUGUGAUAAUUAAACAAAAAAUUAAAAAAAAAAAUAUAUUUAAAUCAAACUUUUUACCCCCGCCCAAAAACAAAAAUAAAUAAAUAAAUAAACGUAAAAGUAUAAUUAAAAAAGAAAAACAAGAAUAAUCUCAUAAUUGUAAAAAGAACUCUAUUCAUACGAUAAACUUGACGUAUUCAUUUUUUUAUAUAUAUAUAAAUUAUAUUGUACCAUUUUUCAUCAUUUUAGUAAUUUAAUUUUAAUUUUUAUAUAUUUUGUUCUCGUUCUUUUCGUUUUCUUCGUCUCAAAAACCACAAUUAAAUGUCAUCAAAUUUUUGUUUAAAAAAUAAAAAAAAACUAAAUUAUAAAAAAUAAAGUGAAACAAAUUAACUAAACAAAUAAAAAAAUACAAUGUAAAAGUAACAGAAAAAUCGUCAUCGUAUUUAGGAAAUAAGCUACCAAAGGACUAAUACAUUAUAAUUAAAAAUAUUAUAUUUAAUUAUUAUUAUCAAUGUAAAUUUAGAAUAUAUAUAUAUAUAUAUUAAAAAAAAGAAUAAAACUAACAAAAAACAAUUAAAAUUGACCACACACAUUACACACACUGAAUAUUUAUUAUUAUUUUCUCUUACAUACUUCAUGUAUCGUCUUCUUCUCUAAGAUAUUUAUAAAAUUUGUUUUUAAUUUUUUUUGUACUCCAGUUCUUUUUGUUUUGUUUUUUAUUUUUUACAAACUAUACAACAAAUAAAGAAGCCAUAUUUAUAUAUAGAUAUAUAUUAAUAAUAAAAAAAGAGAAUAUUAUUUAAAAAACAAACAAAUGAACGAACUUGAAUCUAUAUUGCUGCAUUAAUUUAUAAUAAGUUUUGAUUAUUUUUUUUACCUAUAUAAGUUAAACUAAUAAAUAAUAAUUAAAUUUAAUAAAAGAAAAUAUCUCGAGUAUUGUAUUUAAGUUGUAUGAAAGUGAGGAACCUGUCUCUAUGGGAGAACUACAAAAAAGCGCACAAAAUUAUUGAGCGUAACGACGACGCGACGCGACGACGAAUCGUCAUGUGAGAUUUAAUCAAAUAUUUGCAGCAGUUUAGGUUUCUGGUUGUUGAAAUAUUCUUUCUUUUUUUUAAUGUACAAUUUCUCUUCUAUUUAUGUUUUUAAUUUAGAAAAAUUAUAUUAAUAACAAUAUAAAAGAAAAAGAAAUAACAAACACAAAAACAACAAAUUUAUAAUAAAAUUAAUGUUCAAUUUAA